AUUGUAGCUUCAAAAUCUCUGCUUUACCCUAAACCCAUCCUCUUUUGGAAAAUCCGUUAAAGAGAUACACAAAAACAAAAAUCCCAAAAAAAUAAACACAAAAAAAAAAAAAAAAGGAAAAAAACUUCGGAGCAGAGCAUCAAUGGCGGCCAAUUCGGCAGCAUUGGCCUUGGAAGACGUGCCCUCCGUCGAUCUUAUGACGGAGCUUCUCCGCCGCAUGAAGUGCUCCUCUAAGCCCGACAAGCGUCUCAUUCUCAUUGGUCCACCCGGAUCAGGUAAGGGGACCCAGUCACCCAUCAUCAAGGAUGAUUACUGCUUGUGCCACUUGGCUACUGGUGAUAUGUUAAGAGCGGCUGUUGCUGCUAAAACUCCUCUUGGUGUCAAAGCUAAAGAGGCUAUGGACAAGGGUGAACUUGUUUCUGAUGACUUGGUUGUCGGCAUCAUUGAUGAAGCAAUGAAAAAACCUUCAUGUCAGAAAGGCUUCAUUCUGGAUGGAUUUCCAAGAACUGUAGUUCAAGCGCAGAAGCUUGAUGAGGUGCUUGAAAAGCAAGGAGUGAGAGUUGAUAAGGUACUCAACUUUGCUAUUGAUGAUGCAAUUUUGGAGGAGAGAAUCACUGGAAGAUGGAUCCACCCAUCCAGUGGGAGAAGUUACCACACAAAAUUUGCUCCUCCAAAGACUCCUGGUGUGGACGAUGUAACUGGAGAACCUUUGAUUCAACGCAAAGAUGAUACUGUCGCUGUAUUGAAGUCACGCCUGGAGGCAUUUCACAGACAAACCGAGCCGGUGAUUGAUUAUUAUGCCAAAAAGGGUAUUGUUGCUAAUCUUCACGCGGAGAAGGCUCCAAAAGAAGUCACAUCUGAGGUUCAGAAAGUUCUCUCAUCAUAGAAUGAAAGAAUGAGCUCAUUUGCAAGGGGAAAACGAACCUCCUGAGCCCCUAGUCAGUUUUACUACUUUCUAGUCCUUUUACUGUUGAAUUGUCUGAUAAUCAUUCUCAUUUGUUUUCCAUUUUUCAAAACUUCCAUUUUCCGGCUGCUGUUAUCGAACUUUUGAGGGCUUUGAAUGAGUCGAAAAUCAUUAGAAAUAAAAAAAAUUAUUGGACAAAA